AUGGCCGGGAUCCACCCCAGAUCCCAGGAAAACCGGGAUCCACCCCAGGAAAACCGGGAUCCACCCCAGGAAAACCGGGAUUCAUCCCAGGAAAACCGGGAAUGGCCGGGAUCCAGAUCCCAGGAAAACCGGGAUUCAUCCCAGGAAAACUGGGAUCCACCCCAGGAAAACCGGGAAUGGCCGGGAUCCGUCCCAGGAAAACCGGGAUCCACCCCAGGAAAACUGGGAUCCACCCCAGGAAAAACAGGAUCCACCCCAGGAAAACCGGGAAUGGCCGGGAUCCACCCCAGAUCCCAGAAAAACCGGGAUCCAAUCCAGAUCCCAGGAAAACCAGGAAGGGCCCGGAUCUGUCCCAGAUCCCAGAAAACCCCAGAUCCUGGAAAAUUCCAGCUCCAUCCCAGAUCCCGGGAUCAAUCCCAGCAAAUCCCGGCUCCAUCCCAGAUCCAGGGAUCCAUCCCAGAUCCCAGAAAACCCCAGAUCAAUCCCAGAUCCCGGAUCCACCCCAGGAUCCAUCCCGGAUCCCGGCUCCAUCCCAGAUCCCAGAUCCACCCCAGGAUCCACCCCAGGAUCCAUCCCAGAUCCCGGCAAACCCCGGCUCCAUCCCAGAUCCAGGGAUCCAUCCCAGAUCAGUCCCAGAUCCAGGGAUCCAUCCCAGAUCCGGGAUCCACCCCAGGAUCCACCCCGGAUCCCAGAUCCACCCCAGGAUCCAUCCCGGAUCCCAGAUCCACCCCAGAUCAAUCCCAGAUCCCAGAUCCAUCCCAGAUCCCGGAUCCACCCCAGGAUCCACCCGGAUCCCGGCAAACCACGGCUCCAUCCCAGAUCCCAGAUCCACCCCAGGAUCCACCCCAGGAUCCACCCCGGAUCCCAGAUCCACCCCAGGAUCCAUCCCAGAUCCCGGAUCCACCCCAGGAUCCACCCCAGGAUCCAUCCCAGAUCCCAGAUCCAUCCCAGAUCCAGGGAUCCACCCCAGGAUCCACCCGGAUCCCGGCAAUCCCCGGCUCCAUCCCAGAUCCCGGCUCCAUCCCAGAUCCCAGGAUCCAUGCCAGAUCCCAGAUCCAUCCCAGAUCCACCCCAGGAUCCACCCCAGAUCCCGGCAAACCGCGGCUCCAUCCCAGAUCCAGGGAUGAAUCCCAGAUCAAUCCCAGAUCCAGGGAUCCAUCCCAGAUCCCGAUCCGGGAUCCACCCCAGGAUCCACCCCAGGAUCCCAGAUCCGGGAUCCACCCCAGGAUCCACCCGGAUCCCGGCUCCACCCCAGGAUCCAUCCCAGAUCCCGGAUCCACCCCAGAUCCAUCCCGGAUCCGGGAUCCACCCCAGGAUCCAUCCAGAUCCCGGAUCCACCCCAGGAUCCACCGGGAUCCCGGCAAUCCCCGGCUCCACCCCGGAGCAG